AUGCACCGAACAACCAGAAUCAAAAUAACCGAGCUAAACCCCCAUCUCAUGUGUGUGCUCUGUGGCGGGUACUUCAUUGAUGCAACAACCAUCAUAGAGUGUCUACACUCCUUCUGUAAGACGUGUAUCGUACGUUACUUGGAGACAAGCAAGUAUUGUCCUAUAUGUGAUGUCCAAGUUCACAAAACCAGACCGCUUUUGAAUAUAAGGUCAGAUAAAACUCUCCAAGAUAUUGUGUACAAACUAGUACCAGGCCUUUUCAAAAAUGAAAUGAAAAGGAGAAGAGAUUUUUAUGCAGCUCAUCCAUCAGCUGAUGCUGCCAAUGGCUCUAAUGAAGACAGGGGAGAAGUUGCAGACGAAGACAAAAGAAUUAUAACAGAUGACGAGAUAAUAAGCUUAUCCAUUGAAUUCUUUGACCAGAAUAGAUUGGAACGGAAAGGAAAUAAAGAGAGAGAGAAAUCAAAGGAUGAGGUGAAUGACAAAAGAUAUUUACGCUGCCCAGCAGCAAUGACAGUGAUGCAUCUAAGAAAGUUUCUCCGAAGUAAAAUGGACAUACCUAAUACUUUUCAGAUCGAUGUGAUGUAUGAAGAGGAACCUUUGAAGGACUACUAUACACUAAUGGAUAUUGCCUAUAUUUACACUUGGAGAAGGAAUGGACCUCUUCCUCUGAAGUAUCGAGUUCGACCGACUUGCAAAAGAAUGAAGAUCAGCCACCAGAGAGAAGGCUUAAAUAAUAGCGGAGAAUUAGAAAGUGACUCUGGGAGUGACAAGGCAAGCAGCCCAGCAGGAGGCAUCCCCUCUACUUCAUCUUGUUUGCCCAGCCCCAGCACUCCAGUGCAGUCUCCCCAUCCUCAAUUUCCUCAUAUCUCUAGUACUAUGAAUGGAACCAGCAGCAGCCCCACCAGUAACCACCAAUCCUCCUUUACCAACAGAGCGCGGAAAACAUCAAUAAAUGGCUCUUCAGCAACUUCGUCGGGCUGA